UUUCUUUAGUUUCUCCGGUGGAGCUUGACUCGCGCGGCAGUGUUGUCUGAGCUCGCGAAGGGAAUUAAAGAAAAGAGAGACAGCGGCGGCAGCGACGAUGUUUACCUGCAGCCCGAGCGCGUGCGUGAGCCUGUGUUUGUGGAUUACGGCCCUGAUGAGCGUCUCUGCGAGGAAGCAGGACGACUCGUUCUUCACCAGCAGCGUUUACCGAGCGAGAUGCGCCUCUCGGUGCCUCAGCCUGCACAUCACCCGCAUCUCAGCCUUCUUCAAGCAUUCACAGAAUAAUGGCUCGUUGGUGUGGUGCCAGAAUCACAAGCAAUGCUCCAAGUGUCUGGAGCCCUGCAAGGAAUCUUGGGACCUGAAAGAAAACCAGUGCCAAGAUUUAUGUGAGCCCCUCUUUCCCAAGAAGCACUACGAGUGUCUUACAAGCUGCGAGUUCUUGAAGUCCGUUGAGGGGGUGAAGCAAGGUGACUGUCCUGCCCCGGAGAAGGCCAGCGGCUUUGCUGCAGCCUGCGUAGAGAGUUGCGAGGAGGAUGGAGAGUGUUCGACCGUCAAAAAGUGUUGUAGCAAUGGCUGUGGUCACACCUGCCAGGUGCCCAAGAAUCUCUAUAAAGGAGUCCCUUUGAAACCGAGGAAGGAUCUGGUGUUCUUGGAGCAGCCUUCAGGUCCGCUGGAGAUCCGCUGGUCAUCCAAGUUUAAUAUUUCAGUCGAGCCAGUCCUCUACGUAGUCCAGCGCCGCUGGAACUACGGCAUCCAUCCCACCGAGGAUGAUGCCACAGAAUGGGAAACAGUGGCUCAGACCGCAGAGGAGCGCAUCCAACUGGCUGACAUCAGAGCCAGCAGAUGGUACCAGUUCAGAGUUGCAGCAGUCAAUGUCCAUGGGACUCGCGGCUUCACUGCACCCAGCAAACACUUCCGUUCCUCCAGAGACCCUUCAGCGCCCCCCAGCCCUACCAGUCUGCGCGUCACAAAUGUGACUUUGGCUGACGAAGGCCUGGUGACUGUUCGUCUCAACUGGAGCUUACCAGAGGAGCCAGAUAUUCCUAUUCAUCACUACAAAGUGUUCUGGAGCUGGACUGUACCCUCAAAGUCGAUGGUUCCAUCCAAGAAGAAGAGGAGAAAGACCACCAAUGGGGCUCAGAGCUGGGUGGAUCUGGAGGGACUGCAGCAAAACAACAGUUACACUGUGGAGCUACAGGCUGUCACAUACUGGGGACAGGUGCGCCUGAAGAGCUCCAAGGCCUCUCUCCACUUCAGCACCUCUCAAAAUAAUGAAUCAGCAAAGUCUUCCCUCAAGUCCAAGAAGGAGGAGAUAUCCCCUGUGGGCUCCACGCUGGCCAAACGCCCCUCUGGGCCUCUGGAAGUAGGCACACCCUUCUACCAGGAUGGUCAGCUCCAGGUCCGUGUCUACUGGAAGAAGCGAGGAGACCCGACAGUGAGUCGCUACCAUGUCCAGUGGAUGCCUGAGUACUGCAGCCAUAAUGAGACCCGAGGCCCAGAGAAAUCAGUCACGCAGGAGAACUACAUCAACCUCCCGGGUCUGCUGUUCUCCUGCAAGUACAAAGUCACCGUCCAUUUGCUGAAGUCCAAACGGCGCUCCAAGGAUGAGAGCACCACCUUCUUCACCCCAUCCUGUGCUACCAUUCAGAGCAAGACCCACAAGCACAUCCCCUGCCCUGGAGAGGGAGCUUCAGCGCUUCCAAAGGUCCUCGCUAAGCCAGAAAAUCUGACGGCCUCCUUCUCCAUGAAUGACGGAAACAUUACCGGCAGCUUCCUGUGGCGUGUUUCCAGGGUGGCUCCUAACCAGCGGAUCACAGGCUUCCAGGUCACCUGGGCGGAGAUCAACACUGAGAGCCGGCAAAACAGCCUGCCGAACAGCAUCAUAUCCCAGUCCCAGAUCCUGCCACCAGAUCAUAAUCUGCUUGUUGUUUCCAACUUGCGGCCAUCUACCUUCUACAGACUGGAGGUGCAGGUCAUAACAACUGGAGGAGAGGGACCUGCCACUGUCAAAACCUUCCAGACCCCGAAUUUACACCCAGUGGCACAACACCGACCCAGACUCCGACAGCACCACCCUCACCACCAGAAACCAUCAUUGGAGAAACACUGAGUUUGCACAUCAAGAUCCCAACCCGACUGGGAGACGUACCUGUGACUCUUUGUUCCUGUCAGCCAAGAAAGGAAUGUGUGGAACCUAACGGAAACUCAGCGCACCGGACCAUGAAGUGGACCACCUCCCUCCGCACCCCCUCAGCUCAGAAAAAUUGGGUUGAUCUUCUCCAGGCUCAAUAACCAACACAGAAGCUCCCUUUACCCCGCACAUCUCUCUCUCUCUUCACUUAGAUAUCGCCGGAUGGGUUUGUGUGUGUCGUUUGAAAUUUAAACUGUAAGGUUUCAUAUUCCUCACCUCCUCGCCCCCAGCUCCAGCUCAUCCCAGACUUAAAAGGAAGCGAUUAAUUCCUGGUCAAAUGAGAUCCUAUAACUCCAUCCCUAGUUUUCGAUCCAGCUGUCAUUGUGCACAUCAAAAAAAGAAAAAGACAUUUAAUUGGUACUGGUAAACAUACGUUUGAAAGCUUUUGCCUGAUGAAAACUGAAUGAUGGAAAAAUCCCAGAACUUCUGCUCAUCCACAAAGAAUGAAAAAGUAGAACCUAAUCUAUUUAUUUUUGUGUUUACCCAUCAAAGAGGCGCUUAGACAUGCAGUCUGCAUCGAUGGAUAAUGUAACUAAAGUCCUUAUCGUCUAACCCAGAAUAUUUCAUGUAGUAUGUUGCAUGUAGUCCAUUUGAUUUUUGAGCUGUAAAUGAAUUACUUGCUUCAAAUUGAAAGCUCGUGAUGUUUUUUUGCAUGACAACUGUUGGCAUUCCGUUGGCAUGAAAUAACGUCUCUGUGUUACCUCUUUUCAGUAUGUUAGCAAUAUUUCAUUAACAGAUUAACAAAUAACUAUAUUGGAAGUAAUAUUUCACGUUUAUUAAUGAAAUUAUAAUGUGUGGAGAUGAAUUGUACAUGUUCUUUGGCUGUAGAAAUAUUUGUCUUGGAGCAGUCAGUGAAUGUCUAUAUUUAUUUAUGUGUGUAUUACAUUUGCUUUUUGAUGUGUGAAUGUUUUUUUUUGUGUUGUAGUCUCAAAUUUUUAAAAGUGAUACAAAAAAAAAAAAUCGACAAAAAAAUCUUGUAAAGACAUUUUGUAAAAAAGGAUUUGUAAAUACAGUCUUAUGUUACAUGUUAUUUUUCCAUGCUAGAACCUGUACAAACUGCUAAGUAAUAAAAAUAACUCCUAACCUGUU